AUGUCCUGUGUUCAAAAGAAGAAGUUCAGCGCUGAUGACUAUACAGUGGGCAUCAUUUGCGCAAUUCCGAAAGAACUUCUUGCAGUACGAACUUUAUUUGACGAGAAACAUGAAAAGUUGCGAACAGCAAAGGCUGACACAGUCCAUUAUUCACUGGGCCGAAUGGGAAGCCAUCUUGUGACAGCGGCUUGUCUUCCAUCCGGAGAAUAUGGUAACAACGCUUCCAGUGCAGUGAUACAAGAUAUGCGACGAACCUUCCCUCGACUUGAGUCUUGUUUAUUAGUAGGUAUCGGUGGAGGGGUCCCUUCACCUGACAAUGAUAUUCGACUAGGCGACGUGGUUGUCUGCCAUCCUAAUGGUGCUUAUCCUGCUAUAGUGCAAUACGAUAUGGGCAAAAUGCUCGAAAGUGGUAGAUUUGAAACCACAGGAGGACUGCACCCUCCACCCCGACUUUUGAUGACAGCAAUAAGUGACCUCAGGUCAAAUCCAGAUCCAGAAUCAAGCUCUCUUCGACGGUACCUGAAUAAAACACGAGAAAAGAAACCUGCAUACGGAUUUCCAGGAAGACAUCUGGAUGUUCUAUUUGCCGUGGAUUCCCCUCGCAGAGCGACUGAUGCCCCCUACCAAAAUUGCCAAUGUGUUGUUGUCAGUAGACCUGAACGUUUAUCCGACGAGGCUGAGAUUUCCAAUGGGCCCAUAGGCUCUGGGAACCAAGUUGUGAAAAGCGCCGAACAUCGCGAUAUAUUGUGGGAAAGACACAAAAUACUUUGCGUUGAGAUGGAGGCAGCGGGUGUGAUGAACUCGUUUCCAAGUCUUGUUAUACGUGGCAUUUGCGACUAUUCUGAUUCUCAUAAAACCAAAGCCUGGCAGGAGUAUGCAGCUGCAACUGCCGCAGCAUAUGCAAGACUAUUAUUAUCUGUGUUGCGGGAUCACCAUGACGAAUAUUCAAGAAUCCGUCUACAUCCCCCUCAAAAGACCAAAGCUCGUGACAUUAUUCCAGAGUGCAGUCAAGCCUUUGGCAGCUCCCCUUUGGAUGCCAGAGACAUUGAUACUUUGCGCAGUGGUGAACUUGUACCAAUUCAAGGUAACGAUUCACAUGAAGCCCAAUUUGAUCGCUUAGCUUUAUUCGAAGCUUUAAAGCCUGAAGCCCAGCCGGAAGAAGAUCUUGCAAAAAACAUCCGAUUUUCGAAGACAAGUCCGUCUUGGAACCCGUGGCCGAAAGACAUCAACUCAUUUUAUCUCCUUGAAAGCUUAAACCGCUGGGUUUCAGAUCCACUCUGUUCAUUGCUCAUGGUGAGAGGAACCCCCGGUCGUUCGCUGUCUGAACUACCCAGUUCGGAAGACUUCCUGUGCGCUAUCGUACAGUUAUUGCGAGGGAAGGCAGAUUUUCCAGUUGUGUGGGCAUUUUCAAACAGAGAUAGAGCUCAGUCGAACUUGAAUGACCUGAUCAAGACAAUAAUUUAUCAAGGGCUGGGUCUUCUCUCUGAUGGAACCCUAGAGAAUAUAUCACGAAAUUGGGCUUUAUCUCAAGCUUUCAAUGAAGAAAGACUUUUCAAUCUAUUGUACGACACGCUGCAACUUCUUCCUCAAUGCUUUCUUGUUCUUGAGGUUAAAAAUGCAACUCUAGCAUCAAAGAUUCACGACACCAUUGAACAGUUGAUCAAAUCCUCAGAGCUAAAUUUGAAGAUCAUGAUUGUUGCAUAUGAUCUAGACUGGAGGACAUCUAAUGGCAUUUCGAUAGAGAAUUGCUUAAUGCCAUCGAUUCGACUGCGUGGGUCACAGCCUGGCUGGGUUUCAUGCUGGAAUAACUUCAAACCACAAUUCUUAUAG